UAAGAGAAUUAAAGAACAAGCAUGGUCAAGAUCAGAAAAAAACAAAGUUGGUUAUCACUAAUGGGAGGUAAUAGUAAAAGAAUUCUCUCCUUAUCCUUUGAAGCAUCCAAAAACUUAUUCCAUGAAUUGUUUUUGCUGUAGUUCAAAUGUUAACGUAACCUUCUGGGAUAAGUUUGGUGAAUCCUUUGACAAGUCAAUGAAGAAUCCUUUAGACAAACCAUUUAUUAUAAUUUUAUCAGGAUGCAAAGUUGGGAAAUGGAAUGGCGAGGUCGAUUUAUCAAACAGUUACGCAACCAAAGUUUACCUCAACUACAAGCAUCACAGCGUAGUGCACCUACGGAAAUUGUUGGCGAAUGAGGAGUUUGCAAAAAAGGCAUUAGGCAAAAAUAAUGUUAAAACCAUACACAAGAUCAAUGUGGAUGAGCUGAAGAAACUUGGAAAAAAUGCUAUUGAGGGAUUAUUCAUGCUACACGUGACAAUCAAAAGUUAUGAUCCAACCUUUGGAUGGUUUUACAAUGCAUGCACAAGCUGUGAGAAGGAAACGAAGAUGGAAAAUCCAUGUCCAAUUUGUGAGAGCUGCAAUCGCUAUGUCCCUUAUCCAGAUCAGAAGUACUUUUCUAUCCUCAACGACUUUAAUUGGAUAUGAACAUUUGAACUGAAUUAUUUACUCUUUCCAGGUUCAGAUUUCAUGUCAUUGCUGAGGAUAUGACCGGAAAGGUUCAAGUUGUCUUGGGAGAUACGGAGGCACGUACAAUUAUUGGAAAAAGAUGUUUACAUUUGGCUGAUGAGAUGUUCACUGAGGAAGGAUUGCCGAAAACUUUGCUAAGUAUUGUCGACAAAGACUACAGCUUAGUAAUCCAAGUCAGGGAAAUGAAUGUCGUAAACAAUUUCAAUGUUUACUGGGCCAAUAACAUAUGCAAAGGCUUUGUUGGCCUUCCAGGUGCCACAAAUCAGAGUGCUAACGCCAAAGAUGCACAAACUUCCCAGCCAACAACUUCAACCUACAAUGCUGGAGGUCUCUCGGACAUCGACUUAGCCAGCAACUGAAACAAGCGACGCAGUGUUUGAAAACCUACAUUUUGCUAUUAUCCUAAACAACAGCUCUCAACUCAUGUUCUUUUGGUCUAACUAAAGCAACUGUGAAAUACUUUUGUUCAUUUUGACUGAGCAAGCUAUGUAACUAUAUUUUCAACUAUGUAACUCUUUCUUAUCAGCAAUGUAACAUAUAAGUAACAA